AUGCCCAGCACUAUUAGAGCUGGCUAUCUAGAUGCGAGCGCUGCCACAGCGGCAGCCGUUGCCAGUCUGCGCAGCAAAGUGCCAUCGAUAUCGAUAAUACCGCUGCCGGCAGCCACAACGAUUGUGGCACGGCCGGCUGGCACGCCCACCUCGACGGCGACGGUGACGCCCACGCCAACGGCAACGGCAGCGCCCACGCGCACUCCGAUCAUUGUGAAGAUCGAGCCCACGCAAGCCUUUCACAUUGUGGACGAGGGCGAUACGCGUGUCCUAAGUUUGCCUUUGAGCGAUGCGGACAAGCUGGGCGCCAGCUGGAUAGAUCUGAAGGAUAUUGCAGGAUUGCAGGCGGGCGGCGGUGCCACAUUGCUGGACGUGUGCUUUGAGGGCGAGGAGGGUGACGAGGAGGAGGUGGGCACGAUUAUAGCGACUGCAUCGCCAGAGCAGCAGCAGCAACAACAGCAGCAGCAGCAGCAGUUGGAGGACGCACAGCUAGCAGAGCCGGCGCCAAAGCGUUUGGCGCUAGCAGCAACACAGCAGCAACAGCAACAACAACAGCAACAACAGCCCAAAUUUAUGUCAGAGCCGCCAGCGUUGGCUCGUUCGGGCAGCUUUAGCAGUUUGAGCAGCUUCAGCAGUUUGAGCAACAUUAGCAGCCCACAGUCACAGCCGCAGCCGCAGCCGCAGCCGCAGCCACUGCCCCAGCUCAACUGCGGCUGUGUCCCACUUUCCAUAGACGACGACGACUGUUGGUUGCAGCAGUAA